GUCUCGGGAGAUACCGUACGUACGGAAUUUCCUGUCUGAAAAGAAACGGCGUUAACGGUGCCCUGUCGAGUGUACAAUUAGUGGGGGCCGAGAGUCGAUCUCCGAUCUAAGCGGAAUGGACCUUCGGACCGAGAAACGAGAUCGUGGGCUGGUUCUCUUCGGCGAUCGGUAAGGGGGCCGAAGCGUCCGAAUCCGGGAACGCCGUACUACUUUCGUCCCCCGUUUUCGAGACUCAUCCUGCGUCCUCUUCCUCUCGACUCGUGGACCAUGGUUCUCGGCGGCGAACAUGAGAUUCCUGAUGUCUGCUGAGGAAUGCGCUUGCGGGGAUCCGACCCGAUGCUUCCUCCUUCCCGGUCAUUGGAGAACGGGGACACCUACUCGCAGAGUUCCAGAUGAGCUGACGGGGGUGAAAGCGGAUUUAAUGUUACGCCAAAAACGACACCGCAGAAUCCACAGGGAGAAUGGCUGCGACAAUCGCUUAUUGAAGAAGAUUAACACCUGAUACUCUUUUUGCAACGAACUAAAAAGUAUCCCAGGAUGUUGGGACCGAACUGAAAUAGGAAGAACGAGUCUCGAGUUGAGAAAGGUAACGGCGCCGGAAGAUAAGGACAAAGAUCAGGAUCGAGCGAUUCACGGUGCCGGGAGCGACGAAGAGCUUCCCGGUCACCAGUCUUGCCGAACCGUGGAAGGGAAUUACCGAAAGACGGCGAACCAUUGCGGCAUCUAUUACUUAAAUUCGUACGCGUACAGCAACGGGCCGCCCAGCAUCUACAACGGCUGCGCCACGAAUGGCGGCUGCGUGCGUCAGCUACGAGAAGACUACCGGCCGAUUUACUUCUAUGUAGCCCAGCCGUACACGAUACCGUACACUUUCGCGAGGAGGCCGAAGCGACCCUCGUCCUUACAAAAGGUCGGCAAAUCGAGGAGCAACGGUCGGGUCAAGUUCUCCAAAAGGCUCAGCUCGGCGGAAUUUUCCCAGAAAGUCAAGCAAGGGGAGUUCUCCAAGAGCCUGAACCAAGUGCACUUCGUGGAGACGCAAGGACCAGCUCCUACGAGUUUUCCUCAAAACGGUGCGUCUCUUCGGCAACCGAGAAUGACGUCGAUGUUUCGUCGAGGGACCAUUUUUGCGACGUUCUUUUUGUCUCUCUUGGGAGGAGGUCUGGUCUGUGCUGCCCUUGUCACUCAACACUGGGUGGAGGCUCGACCAUGGAGAACCCCAAAUCCCCAGGAAAGUGCUGGAAGAGUGCAGCUAGGAUUAUUGCAAGGGAAGAAAGAGCUAAACGUUGCUUACGGAUGGAGGACUUACCACGUGUCUGUGGUCAAGAUGAUCAGAGAAGAUCCAACGGUCAUGUCCUGGAGUCUUUGGAUCGGUACUUUAGUUAUGACUUUCGCAGCUCUUGUUGCUGCUGCACUUGCGGCUCUUUUGGCGGUACUUAAUACAGCUACGAGUCCAAGAACGAAGAUUUUCGCCGUACCGGGAAUCUAUCUAAUGAACCUCAUUGCACUACUGCUGUGCAUUACGAGCACCGGGACUUGGUUGGCACAAUACUAUACAAAGUUGUAUACUAAUGUAUUACCAAAAGAGGACAUUGACAAUAUGUGGACGAGCGAAGGCUCGGCUGAACUUGGUUACUCGUUUUGGCUCGUUGUCGGUGCCGCCGUAGUCCACUUGAUUAGCAUCGCAUUGGUCGGUUGGGGAUCUGGAAAAGACAGAGACGACCAACUCGAGCCAAUACCUGCUCUAGAAGAGAAGACAGCCGCAGCCAUUAUGCUGUAUUAGGACGUUCUAUUACAUCGAAGGAUAAUCCGGGUCAUCCCCGAGUUCCGUAAAUAAUUCUGCCGGAUAUCUUUGCCAAAAUAAUACUCGCCUAACUUAUUUUCACAUCGAUACUCGCAUAUUCAGUAGACAAUAUUAACCGGUGCGAUGCUAUGACGCUUCCGAAGUGAACGAGCUUAGAAAUGAUAAAGAAUAACCGACAAUCACCACAGUGGAACGCCACUGUCCGAGCAUCGCUAGCUGCAUAAUGAAAAAUGACUCUUCGCCCGAAGAAACCGACGACAAAAGCACUUGUAUAUACGUUAUUUAUUGAUUUCAAAGCACGAAUGAAGAAUGUUUAUCUGCCACGAGCUGAAAUACUGCCUCUGGACUAGCCUUAAGCUAAAUACUAUGAUAUAAAA